CUCAGGGAAGUCGUAGGUCCAAUCCGAACCGACUAACAUCAUCAACAAGAUAGACGUAGAGCCUCUUCGAGAAAAGUGCUAUACAUACGUCCAGCGCUGUUUUGCUAGCAAUCAUGUGCAUGGGUUUUUUAACGUUCGAAUGGAUCAGUAAUUUCUCCUUUUACUACUUGUGAUGUUCCUGUGUUGUUGGAAGUAAAUAGUUCAUCUUAAUCAUGUGUUCUUGAUAAUAAUCACGAAGAUGACUUCUCCGAUGGAUCAUCCCGAAGGCUAUCCCAGUUCGGGUAUGCUGCCGGGACAAAUACAAUCGUCGCCCGCGUACAUUAUGGAUGUGACGCUUUUACAUGCACCUUCAAAGAAGCUCUCGUACUCAUUCAUCUCCUGUACAAUGAAAGCACGUAAUUAAAUGCAAGCAGCAAGAUAGAAGAUUACUACCGUAGAUGAUGAGAGAGGUUGCCAUGGAUGUCCUUGGCACCUUGUCGAAUAGAUUCCAAUUGUCAAUUGCAUAGUAGAGGCAAGUAGAAGAAAGAGCAGGGAGACACCAAGAUCACCAUCAUGGGGGUGUGCAGGCUACAUUUUCGUUUACGACCGCUCCAAUUACAGCCACCCUCCAGUAUCUUCGCUAGCUGCACCCGGAGAGCAAGCUGCGUUGGUGAACAAACCGGGGAAAGGAGUGGACAGCAUGCAGUUGCAGUUGACCGGAGCAGCUGCGCGGAGAUAUCAGCAGGCACAGAAACAGCAAGAGGGACAAGACUACCAGCAGCAAGAUUCUGGAGGUACGGAGCACUUAUGCAGUCUGGUGAUAUCAUCGUAACCUAGGAAAGACCUGCUUACGUUUGAGGAGGUCUUCUAAUGGUCAUCCAUAAUUGGACUUGUUUGAUAUUGAUUUAGUCUGCUCCUGCUGCUCUCUUAAGUUUUCUUUCCGUAGUGCUUCUGCUUCGAAGUACUGAGUUCUGGUUCAUUCUGAUACUACGCGACACUACCUAGACGACGACCUUAUCAGGGAUCGUAGAAAAGUAUUGAACACGACCGUCCCGCCGACCAGAAGAACUACUCGUCGUCCUUUUCAUAUGCCGGCAACAUGCAAUACUACAAGCGGAAGAGCAGCAACAACAGCGAGAGGAGAUCGGUCUCAGGUUUUACGGAGAUUCGACAAGCACGGGUGAAGCGACCGAAAUAUUGAAGCAUGUAUUGUGGGAAAUUGCCGCAUUGCGUCUUCCGUAUUUCGCCUUCGUCUUAUGGCUCUAUUUAGUCAUAAACAUGAAGUUUCUCGUCUUCGCUUGCGGUAUAAUGGGGUGACGAGGGGACUUUGAGCUCAACUACAUUUUACCGUAUGAGUUCUCUAAGUUCUUGUACCGAUGAAGCUGUCAUAUCAGGGUUGACGUCCCUGGCGCGAGAGAUAGAUAUGCGGAGCAUGCUCUUCAUCACGAGUUCUGCUGAGGUCUCGACCAAUCUCUAUUCCUACGUUCAGGAUCGCGAUGCUGUUUUAGUUGCAGCGGAUCUUACGAGUCCUAACUCUCUCGCAACCGUCCACGCGCUGGGAGCUCUUUUUGACUCCUACGCCCACUCACCACCAAUCAUUUUAUGAUGAAGAGAUGGAUAGAGAAGCGUCUUCCCUCCAACAGGGUCAACAAACGUAGAAGUGCAAGUGGCAACCAUAUUUAUUACAAGCGAGGAUUUCGACCAGAGGUGCAAAUCCAUAUGAAAGUCCAUCUCUUUCACGCUUUUCACGUAAUCUCCUCAGUAAUGUACUAGACCAGACAAGGUGUUAGGAUAAAGAUGAUAUAGGCACUGUCUGCUUUAAUUGUUGCCUUGCAUUGCGGUCGAAAGCUCACCCCGGAAGAGCAGCAUCCGUUUCAGCUACAGGCUACCAAGCAGCUUUUGCACACUGGUUGCGACAACGUCCUGUGGAAUCGUAGCAACAGGAUGUGGAGUACAGAUUAUCCAAAUAAGGUUAGGAAUUUUAUCAAAAUUGCAUGAUAUGACUCCCAGACUACACUCCUCUCGCUCCCUCGGCCAUACUGGUACCUCUCAUCCUAGAACGAAUAAAACAGGUCACAUCGCUCCGUCUCUAGCUCUCACGAUUGAGAUGACGCUUACGCGCGUGGAGAACAACGUAGCUCGGAUGAGUCAACAGUUGCAGAUAAAUCAGCAGGCGUUGAAUGUAGACAUGGAAUACGUGGAGAAUGUUGAAAGUAGAUAUUACAAGCUCUUGUGGCAAUACGUUUUUCGCCGAGUCUUCAUUCACUUCGCUUCGUGCGACACGCGUCUGGAUCAGCUAGAGACUGCCCAAGGCGUUGACAAUUGGGUUUUCGAAAGCAUUAUUGCGGAGGGCCGUUUGGGCGUAACAUGGCGUUGCUACGACUCUACGGCGAAAGGGCCUAAGGUAUAGAAAACAAGUGUAUUACACGAAUACUAGCUCCUACUUGAUCAUGCAUUUUUGUCGAAGAACAACUGGUAGGCAAGUGCGUGUUUUCAUGUUACAGCUGGUUGUAGGAGGGAUUCAACAGAGCCGUCAGAUUUGAGGCUUAUUUUCCACCCUUCUUAUUCAUUGACAUCCAGGUCACGCGAGCAAUGCGUGUGGUUGGGAAGAGUCGGAUCGAGCUUGUCGGCGAACUGGAGACGAUUUAUCGGGAAUAUCGAAUCAUAAGUGCGAUUCUACGCCACCCGAACAUCAUUCGAUGCUAUACGAUGCUGCAUUCGACAAAUCACAUCUAUUUCGUCAUGGACGACGUCAGUGGCAAGGACCUUUUCCAGGUCAUGUCCAGUUUUCCUCAUCAGGAGACACCAGAAUCCCUUAUCAACCAAUACUGGGUCCAAGUUCUGUGCGCGAUAAGUCAUUGCCACCGGUCCCGUAUUUGCCAUCGCGAUAUUCGACCAGAAAUCGUCACUGUCAGCAAGGACGGACAGGUAUCUCGGGUUCCUUAUACCUAAUGUAAUACAACAUCAACAACAUACCAGGAAUAGCGUAUUCAUUGGACGAAAGGGUUGAGUGGUGGAUCAUGGUUACCGCUACACCCUCAUCUACCAACCAAUGACGUGGCUAUCUUCAUGUCUUCGGCAACUACCGUCCACCCAGAACGCUUUUUCCAAAUCGUUUUUUCAUCAUUUCUAGAUAAAGCUGACGGACUUUACGAAGGCAGUGCCGCGCAAGGAUGUUAAGGGUCUUACAACGAGUGCCGGUGUGUGGCCCUACGCCGCUCCAGAGGCGCUUCUUCCAGAGGCCAUGUAUGACGGCAUCGCCGCAGAUAUGUGGUCUCUCGGCAUAUUGUUGUUAUGAAGGCGCGCGCGCGUAUUUAGUAUUAGUUUUUUGGCAAUACAUAGGAAACAACUUGCUAGCGUAAUUUAUUUACUUUCCAUUUCUAGAGAUACUUCCCUGAGCGAGCAGCUGGAAGUUGUAGUAUCUUCAUCUAAUACCAAUCGAUAUGAUCCGUGGUCCGCGUCGCCUGGAAGCUGCUCUUGACCGAAUACAAGUUGAGCCGUCAGAAGUCCAGCACACUUGGCCUACAGCGACUGAAGCGACUAAGAAAGCGAUCAGCACGCAGGAGGAGUACGACCUCGCUGCUCUUCGCGUAGCUCAAAUGCGACGGUUUUUCGGCGCCUACACGCCUGAGGGAGGUGGCAGUUCUUCAUCUAGCAUGGCCGUAGAAUCGGAUGAGCCUAAAACGCUGAAGGAAUUUCUCGCUUUGCGCACGAUCGGCGAACCGAUCCGGCGGUUGGUGAUGGAAUGCGUGACCUUUGAUCCGAUCUUUAGAACUAGUACUAUAGCCCUCCAGAUUCCCGAAGCAAUGGUGAAGUUCAUUCCGAGCCCAGUUUCCACGCCGCCGAGAAGCCCGGCAUUGAAUAUUACGAAAAAUGGUCGCGAGCAACAUUUUUUGUGGUUACAAGUAAUAGAAAACCAGAAAAUACUGGAGGUUCUUGUUAUCUCGGGGAAUAAGAAAAUAGACACGUGCACAAGUAGAUGAAAGUGAACUUACUUGAGCUUAUUUUUGUAACCGAACUUUCUGACGUGUCUAAGAGUCCGAUUCACCGACAGGGUGGCGUAACACCUACUCUGGUGCCUGCAAGGGAGCAAGGUGUGCGAGCAUCACCUCGAUCGGAUGUUCCAGCUGCUGAACGAUCAUCGCCUUCUGACGGUACGAAGAACCGCAGUUUUGCGCCCUCAUCGUUCGCUGCAGGAGCAAAGGCACAAGUAACGACCACUGGGACAAAACAAUUGACAUUAAGGCUGGCGUCACUGCGAAGGCAAAGAAAUAUGUAUGUGAGUUUAUCCAAUAUUAGCCCAUUCGUACGAGUUGAGAAUAGCCAUGCCUUGCCUUUCGCGCUUCUACUUUGCUUUCGUGCUCCUCUAUAGUUAAUAAGACGGUUGGCUCACUCCAGCUCUUCUUGCGUGGUACUUUCUCUUGAGUUUGCACUUUACUAUAAUCACCAAUACUAAUGGUUGUUCCUUAAUAAGACGGUUGGCUGCCGAUGGAGUCGGCCAAUUGUUCUAGUGGGUAGAGUCGGAUGCGAUUACACGGAGUGCUAGUAGUGGUGAACCGGUACCCAAUGUUGCUACUAGCGCGGCGGACUUUGUGUAAUGCGAGCACCUAUCCCCCAUUGUGUUCCCCGCCAGGAACCGGGGGGUGGGACGCCUUGGGCUGAAGCGUCCUAAUUUAUAAAUAUAUUUUACUUACCAGUAUAGUUAACCUUCCGUUCACCUGCUUUGCUUUUGUGCUGCGCCGUUGGCGUCCUCGUCCUCUUGCGAAUCGUUACCUGAGAGGUGAGAGAAGUGAGUGUGCUAGUUGUGGUUUCUCUUGGUCAACUUGCUGAACAAGGUCAAGAUCAGGGGUUUUGUGGCAACCACUAACAAUUCAUACAAUAUUAGUCCUUGCUGGGAAAUUUUGACGUAGAGUUGCACAUGGAAAUGAGGGCGGACUUCCCAAAUCUAAUCACAGUAGAGGCGGUUAGCAGCCAUUUGACAAACAGCGGAUCGGGGCGGCAGCAUGCUUUAUCAGACAAACGCGCAGACCGACACACAAGUCAAUCCCCUACUGAAAGAUAGAUGAGGAUACUCAUGCGGUAAGGCCUUCUUUACCAUUCAUGCUAGCUCUGACGAUGAUGAAAAGCUUGUAUCUUCGUGGCACUUUUCUUACUUUGUUAAAUGUUAGGUUUAUGAUGAGUUAUAUAUUACCGCAAAUUACAAAUAGUUCAUUCCAUCCUAUAGUCAUUCAUAUGCAGAUUUUUCACAGGAACAGCAGACGAGGAUAAGAUCAGCAUCUUUGGGUUUUUCCUUUGCAUUUCUAGUUUUAUUUUGUUGCAUCUUUUUUUCUAUUCUUCGAAUGUGAUUCGUUUUGAUGAAUGAUGAGUGCAGAGAUGAGCUUGAGCUUGUUGUUAAUACCUUCGUAUUCAUUAUUACCCUUAGAUAUCACGUGGUUCGCCAAAGAAUGAAUGAAUAGAUACCCUACUAAUUACUAGUACAACAGAGAGUGCUCACGACUUGCUGAGAGCACUGCAAGUAUGCUGGAUGUCAGUGACAGGCAGUGACUGUUGAAAGUAAAUCAUCUAUCAUUGUCCAGCUUCAUUUACUUUCAAAGCGUAAUGGGCAGACUCACUUUCAAAGCGUAAAGGGCAGACUACUUCCUAUAGGUUAGACUUAGUCAGCGCAAUUUUGCAAAAGGAGCUUCUAGCCAUGUUGUAGUUAGAGCCAAGAGUGCUCACAGUACUUAUAUGCAGAGGAUAAACACCGAGGUCGAGCGUAUUUUGUACAGAAUUUAGAUUACCAUCAACAUGUGUUUCAGGAACUGUUUCAUCCUGCCGAUGGUAGAGAGGGGCCGCCUGAGACGCAAUGACGAUAAUGAGUUUUCUCGUGCAUAGAUUUAAUGGGCAUGAACCAUGAAAAAUAGUGUCAUCUGGCAGAAGAGUAGAGAGAUGUUGAUAAGUCGUUAAGACAGAUCAAGAUAGGUUGUUUCUUGUCCUAGCAUUUUCGCUUGUUGUCAUAGUCUGUAUCUAAGUUUGACGGCCGUUGCUCCAUUCGCUAUUUUUCUCAUGGGUUGUUCUUGAUAUUGUUCUACCUGCAUAAAGAACGGUAUUCAAGAUCAUGAACAUCAAGAUUCACAUUCUGGUCUCCUUGUAAUGAAAUAGAAAGAGUAUUACACAAGCCUGCCGAUUUCCUUUUCUUGUUCAUGAUUAAUACAGGAAAAUGUGCUGGAGAAGGAAAAUCGCUGCACUUUCAACGAAAAUUCGCAUCACGACUGGCAUUAUGACAGAAAAGCAAGACCGCGCAUCUAUAAUCAUCACAUUCGCACAACCGAAAGGAACGGGUACGAAAGAAUAAUGGAUAUCGGCUUUAUUAGGAGGGUUUUUCUCG